UAUCCGAUAUCAAUUGCGUCGUUUAAACUUGUCACAGCAAUGGCGUUACACAAAUAUGUGAAUUGCAAUAUUUAACUAGUUAAGACUUAAUGGAAUGAUCAUUUCUGUUGAAUUGAAAGUAUGGAUAAAUGAACUAAUGUUUCAGCAGCCAUUUUAGAGUUUGAAUAAAAAGUAACUUGAAGAUAGGAGAAGAAAAAUGGCUACGGGAGGAUCCUCCAUAUAUACAAGGGAUCUGACCUGAUUCAUGACUAUAGUUGUUCCAAGUGUGAGGAAGAUGACUUAAACACUGAAGCCCAGCACUUCUGUCCACAAUGUGAACACUAUCUGUGUGACAAGUGUGUGAUCAUGCACAGGAGUUAUUUCAAGAAGCAUACUGUGUAUGGGCGUGGAGACAUUCAGAAGUGGGCGAGGUUUUCCAUGGACAGAUGUGACUAACAUGGCAACACGCUGGAGGUCCACUGUGAUGACCAUCAGGAACUUUGUUGUCAUGUGUGCGUGGCUCUCAACCACAGACUGUGCAGCAGCAUUAGUCACCUGCCUGACCUUGCGAGAGGCUUCCUCGAAACUAAAGAGUUCAAGCAGCUUCCAGUAGCUGUGGAAAAAAUGAAGAGCAGGAUAGAUGAGCUCAAGAAGACCAGUCUGAAAGACUUAGCCUCACUGAAGGACUCCCACAAAAGCAUCAUUGUUGAAAUCAAGGCUCUCCGCACUGAGGUUAACAGAAUCUUUGACAAGCUUGAGAAAAUGACAGUUGAACAAUUAGAUAGAAUGAUAAACGAUCUGGAAAAGGGUUUGAAAAAUGAUUUGGAUAGCUGUGCCAAUAUGCAUGACCAACUCAAAACCAUGAUGGAAAAGCUACAGCAGAUUACUGACAAACACAAGAAUAUCAGUCUGUUUAUUGGCUACAAAAAGUGUAAGGUCAAGUUGGGUGAAGCCAACGUUACAGUGCAAGAUAUACAGAAAAGGCCAAAACAAGUAUUACGGUUCAAAUCUGAUGAAAGUCUAUUGCAGUUUUUAAAAAACCUCAGCAGCCUUGGCAACAUUGAAACUGUUAGUUCCUUGCCAAAAAGAACAGAUGGUGAUCAUGUGUACAACGCUCAGAGUUCAGGUGAAUAUAAUGUUAGAAUAAAGGAGGAUCAAAAUAUCUGCACUAUUUCAGGUAUUUGUGAGUUACCCAGUGGAGAUUAUGUUAUAUCCGACUCUAACAACAAAAGAGUGAAACUUCUGAACAGAAAGUACCAGGUCAUUGCUCAUUGUGAUCUUUCUACAGUUCCUAAUGACUUGUGUCACACUUUUGGAAAUGAAGUAGCUGUAGCCGUUGAUGAUUGUAUUGCUAAACAUGAAGUUCAUUUCCUCAUAAUGUCCAGAGGGAAGCUACAUGCAGGGAGAAGGUUCACUACAGACCACCAGUGCAACUGCGUUAGCCACCAUCAGGGCCAGCUGUAUAUUUCUUCCAAUGAUGCACUGCACCAGAACACCAUAAGUGGAAUACUGGUAAAAAGAUUUAUGAAGACAAGUCUAAUUACUGGAAAGCUAACAAGAAUGUUUUAAGUCCUGAUGGGGAACGAAUUUAUGUUUUAAAUUACGUUGAAUCUAAAUUGAUAACACUUGAUAAAAGUGGCCAGGUACUAUCUACAUUAGAUGAUUCUGAACUACAGGAACCCACUGGUCUUUGUGUAAGCCCUAGUGGUCAUGUGUUUGUGUGUGGGGAGGGGUCGCAAACUGUGUUACAUUUAAACAGGGAGGGAAGACGGAAGCUCUCCACAGUGGCCAGGAAGUCUGGUGGCAUGUUUAAGCCUCGUUCAGUUUCGUCUCAUUGUUGGGUAUUAUUUUAAUAACAAUAUCAUUGUUGUCAAGUUGUGUUGAACUACGAAUUGGAUUCCGUUGUGUGCUGAAAUAGGAAGAUUGAAAAGGGCAAACCAAGAGCAUUUUCGUUGAAAAAUUUAUGGAAUGUGAAAAAAAACAUAAGAAAACUUGUUGGAAACAAUAAGAUUUUGAAAGAAAAUAAAAGUGACAGUAGUAGUUGUCAAAUGAUAAACUAACUACUAAUGAUUUAUAAUUAUACACAAGUCAUUUUCCUAUGGUAUUAAAAAUCAUUAGAUAGGAUAUAUUAGAACAUAUUAAAUAAAUGAUGAUUUAAUAUUAAUACAGUACAGGACAUUAAUCUAAAAAAAUAGUAUUAAAACAAAUAAAUAUUGGAUAUGUCAUGAAUUUUGAGGCUAGUGUAGCUAGCAGACAUUGAAUAAACAAUUGAAUGAGUGAGCUAUUCGACUUAGACCACAGACAAUUUAUUUGAUAGUGAAUUUUGUGACAUUAUUUGACAAAGUGUGCUUCGUUUUCCAUAAAGGAUAUUAAAGCUGCACUCUCACAGAUUGAACAUUUUGACAACUUUUUUACUUUUUGUUUCGGAACGAGCCAAUUUUUGCGAAAAUCCAUGGAAACCCGAGCUACAUAAGAGUGCUGACUAAAAACAAGAUCGCAGAUUUUUAUAUUUUAGUUCAAAAACUGAUGUUUUAUGCAUUUUUCUUAAACCGUUAGUAACGAUUUAAGCCAUAAACCAUUAAUUUUCGAACGGAAAUAUGAAAAUCUACAAUCUGAUUUUUUGACAACAAUCUUAUAUCAUUGGUUUGCAGAUAUUUACGCAAAAAUUUGCUCUUUCCAAGACAAAAAAUAAAAAAAGUUGUAAAAAUGGUAUUCUGUGAGAGUGCAGCUUUAAACACUGUUGCAUAGUAGGUAAAGCUUGUUGAUUAAAAUACAUGAACGUAUUAGUGUAUGUUAAAAAAUAAUAUUUGAUAUUAAGACGUACUGUAAAAGAUGUUUUUUUGUAAGUUCGAACAAAAUUGUGUCAGUGAUGUAUUUGGAGUUGUCACACUCGUAUUGAAUUAGAUCAUAGUACAACAUAAUGCGUGUGGAAUAUAUCAAAAUUGCUAUUCAUGUAUGUGAUUGAUCGACUGAAAGAAGCUGUGGUCUAAGUCAUGUUCACACUUACUGACCAAAGUUAUAUCACAGUUUUUAAUUGAUUGUGAAAAAAACGUCGGAAGAGUUCAAAUUUAUAGACGUGUGUUGUGGUAUAUUGACUGUAUUCUCUAAUAUAGCACAAUUGUAUACACUAUCAUACAAAAGUUGUUCUGUCCUGUUUAACUCUCCCAUGUUUCUUGGAGUUGCUAAUAACAGACAUACUUGAAGGUGUAAAUAUGUUCGUUUAGGUUUUGGGUGAAGCGUUGUAUGUAUUAUUGGAAUGAUGUGAGUUUUAACGUGUUUCAUGUUAAUUCAUGUAAACUUUUAUUGAUCAAUACUUCUUUACAAUAUUUAAUACAAUUAUGAGAUUGUAAAAAGCAAUAAAA